AUGCCCGAGUCACUGGAUGACUUGACUGCUGAAGAGAGUGAGCUUCUAGAAGAGAUGUGGACACUUAACCUGCCAUUUCCUGAUCAAGACAAGCCGCUCGCAUAUUCAGUUACUAUAGACCCUCUUGCCUUCUUCCCUGCCUACUGUCGGUUGUCAAGCCUAUAUGAAAAGCAUGGAUUUCGACGGUUCAGUGCAAUCCCACUUCACCGCUCCCUCAUCCAAAGCCAUGUGCAGAUCGACACCGUCAUCCUCUACUCUCAUAUCCUUUGCAUCACGUGGCGAGAUGCAGAAGCCGUCGAGAAGGUCAAUUUAUGGAUGCGCAUCUGUAAUCUACAUACCAAAGCUUUUCGGUCUCGCCACGGUAUGCAGUUUGAAGGCUCGAUCACCACAGAUGGAACCUCAGUGUCUGUAUACCUAAAGCACCCAGAAGCAGACAAGUAUGGGAAGUGCAGCAGUGGGAAAAAGUCAGCAACAACUCUUACAGCUGAGGUGACGGUGCUUUAUGUGGAGAAAAACUUACCUGCUUGUCGAGCAGCAGAGAAUGUCAUUGUUAUCGACCCAAACAAGCAUGACAUUCUCUACUGCCAAGACGGCAAUGGUACAUUUCGCUACACUGCCAACCAGCAAGCUGUGGAGACUGGAAGCCGUCGAUUUGCAAAAGAAUGGCAGCAGAUGAAAGCCGGCAGUAUUGACCUCAUAGAAUCAUGA